UGCUCUCAGGCGUCAUCUCCGAACAUUGUGAAAUUGGACACCUAAGUUUCUUCCCAACCUUCCCAAUCCGGCCGCCCCUUCCACUUUUCAUUCCAAAAGUAGCUAAAGCUCAUGUGCGGUUCGUACACUACAAAUUUUAACUUAUCCAAUUGUUUUUGAGCAAGAAACCGAAAUCGUUUGACAAAAAGAAACGUCGCCGACGGAAAUUAUAAAGUUUAGCUUCAAACAAACAGAGCCACGGCGAGAUCUCGCGAGCGGGCGGGGCGGCGGGAAAUGUAAGAUGGGGAGGGGGGGUUUCCUCAUACAGGAGGAAUGAUUAACUAAUAAGACGCAAUUAAUUGAAAUCUGUGAAUUUGUCCUCUUCGAUGUACCGUCACUUUUGGACCAUAAUGGCAGUUUAUGUGUCAAGAUCAGCUUUGCGGUAAGGAGAGCAUAAAUGGCUUCAGUCUCAGAUGAGUUUGCUUCACUGCUCAGCACAUGGAAGAGGAGGUGGAUGGCAGUGGGCAGGAGGAACAGAAUGCUGAUGACCCUGCUCUUCCUGGUGCCAGCCUUGUGACACACAACCAGCCUCAGGAGCCCUACACACAAGACCACGACCUUCCCAUCAUGCACUGGGAGGACUUGAGUUUGCGAAUAGCCGAGCUUGAGAAACAGGAGGAAGAGAGGAGGAAAAAAGCUGAGUCCAUGGGUUUAACAGACCAAGAACCUGUGCCAGAACCCUGGCCUUAUGUAAAGCACCAGUCACUUAACAGAAAGCAGUGGGAAGAUGCAGGUGAUCUUAGAGGAUACCGUUUUCCAUGCAUUACAUCUCGGUUUAACAGUCCUAAAAACCUACAGCUGUGUUUUAUCAACGACAGUGAGAGCGAUGAAGAGGGUGAUGAAGGGGCAGCCUUCAAAGAGAGGUCACAUGAAUCACAGGGACAGGGGCGACGAUCUGCCGGCCUGAAACAGGAAGUGAGAGCAGCUCUGAGUGAGCUCCGAGAUAAGCUUUGGGCUGAGCAGAGGCAGCAACAGCAGCUGAGCCACAAGGAUGUGAGCUUUAGGAGAAAAAAACUUAGCCGCAGUGAUCUGCAAACCUGCUCUGUGCUUCAGCUAAAUGCCCUCAGGACUUCCCUCCAUGAAGACAUUCAGGACCUGAGCUCGGAAUUAGUGAAGCAUCUGGUGGUGAGGGACAAUCUACGGACAAAGCAAGACGCCAUGCUCCUGGAUGUACAGGAUAUGACGUCAGUGUGACUCAUAUCAAGCUAUAAUUAGCCUAUAUUAUAAAAUAGGCUACCAUAUGAUAGGCCAUUUUGGAAUGAUGGACCUAUAUUACACCAGCAAUUUAUUGUCCAGUAUGUUUUUUUCUACUUUACACUAACAAAGCCAUAUGAUCCCAUUUGUCUUGAUUUGCUUUUUUGUGCUCACACAAAUAUUGCUUACUAUGUGAAUGUAAUUAUUUUACUCACAAGUUUUAUUGUGAGAAACUGUAUGUGUGAAAGAGUAGCUAAACAAGCAUGCUCUUCAUGUUUUCAAUGUUUGUUUUAUAUUACCAUCCAUAAGAACUGUGAAAGCUGCUAUUAAAUAUAUGUGAUCAGUAACUGCUUUAUGGGAAUAUGCAUAUAAUAUACUAUAGCAUCUGCUGAAUAUGGGGCUUCUCAUUGUAAAAACUAACACAAACUUUAGUAAUAUAACUGAAUAAAUCUGUUUACUUAACUCCUAAA